AAACAAACUAUCUGUUUCCGGUGGAACCAAAGACCGCGCUGAAUUCAAUGAGUUGUCGGUUUCCUGACAGCAACACGACGUGGUUUUGAUAUUUUCCAUCAGUAUUUUAUGCAACAACUUUAUCAAGCUUGCUGAUUUACGAUUUUUAAGGAUGGAUGAAGACAGAGUGGAGGCGAAGAACAUCAAUGUGGAAGUUCUUGUGAAUUCCCACAGUACAGCCAAGCUGUCAGAAGUCAGAAUGCACGUUCUGGCUUUACUGAAUCGCCACAGUACGAUUUUUGGGAACUACAGAUGGACAGAGUUUGAUGAAGACUUUCUCAGGAAUCAUGUCGAGUCGGUGGCAAUAGUUGAUAUAGAGGAAAUGGUUACACAGCCCCUGGAUUUAAAGAACUGCUCUCUGUCUGUGCACAUCUUCACACUGAAUGAGGACGGACCGAGCACGCUCAGUUUGGAGGAGGACGAAGAACUUUCUGCAGCAAACCACUGGUUGUUACCCACAGCUGAAUUCCACGGGAUCUGGGAAAGUCUGGUGUAUGAUACUGGCGUCAAAACUCAGCUCCUGGAUUACGUCACAACCACAAUUUACUUCUCAGACAGAAGCGUUGACCCCAACCUAAUCUCAUGGAACCGUGUUGUGCUCCUUCAUGGACCCCCGGGCACGGGGAAAACGUCACUGUGCAAAGCUCUGGCUCAGAAGCUGUCAAUCAGACUGUCCAGUCGGUAUUCUUAUGGACAGUUUGUGGAGAUCAACAGCCACAGCUUGUUCUCCAAAUGGUUCUCAGAGAGUGGAAAACUGGUCACAAAGAUGUUUCAAAAGAUCCAACAGCUGAUUGAUGACAAAGAUGCUCUGGUGUUCGUUCUGAUUGAUGAGGUGGAGAGUCUGACAGCAGCUAGGAACGCCUCCCAGGCUGGAACUGAACCUUCUGAUGCCAUUCGAGUGGUCAAUUCUGUUCUCACUCAACUGGACCAGAUCAAACGACAUUCAAAUGUUGUGAUUUUGACGACCUCCAAUGUGACGGAGAAGAUUGACUUAGCUUUCGUGGACAGAGCUGACAUCAAGCAGUACAUCGGACCUCCGUCUGAACAGGGCAUCUACAACAUCUACCUCUCCUGCCUGGAGGAGCUCAUGAAGUGCCAGAUCAUCCACCCUCGGCAGCAGCUCUUCACCAUGUUCGAGCUGGAGACCAUGGGCUUUGCUGAGAGCGAGGUGUCGGAACACAGUCUGAAACUGAGGCACAUCGCUCUGAAAAGCAAAGGCCUGAGUGGAAGAGCUCUCAGGAAGUUGCCGUUUCUAGCACAUGCAUUGUUUGUGAAGUCACCCACGGUGACUUUGGAGAAGUUUCUGGAAGCUAUGGACCAAGCAGUGGAUAAACAAAGAGAGGAAAAAUCCAGUCUGGUCAACGGUUUUUGAGUCUUUAACACUGUUCACGAGUCUUCAGUUCUGUUCAGAGUUUAAAAGAAAAAAAGUUUGUCUUUUACUGUAUCUGAGCGUUUUUGUUUUUAGACCACUAAGUCAAGUUGUUGAACAAAUAUUGUCUCUGAUGUCUAAUUUCUGAUGACGUCUUCAGGUUUAUAUAUGUACAUAUAUAUUUUUUUGUCAUCACUUCCUCAACAUUUACAAUAAAGGCAGUUUUGGUCUAAUGUGGAAAAAUCCAACCCAGUGCUUGAAAUAUAUAUAAUAUUGAUUGAGUUUUUUUCUUUUUUUUAUGCAUUAGGUUUAAGGAAGGGCUUUCAAACAAUUAGAAGUUGAACCUGAUUAAUCACAGGGUAGCAGUGGCUUAGUCAUGAUUAAUCAAAAUAAAUCAACAUUCCAGAAUAUGAUAAUUGUUUGUUCUGGAACAGAAAGAGAUAACAGCGGGUAGAUGUGUGUUUCACACCUGGUUUUAUUUGUGACUAAAUCCACAUGAUGCUAUUAUUAAUAUGAAAAAUUGUCAUGAAAGUUAUUCAAAAUGAAAAACCAGUACAUGUAAAUUACAAUAUGAGACUAUAUACCAAUGGCAAGUGAAUAGACGGUGGAAUUAUUGGAUAUACAGUGUGUAUUUCGUUAAACAUUUAUUCUGAUUAACUUCACAAAUUAAUGAACAUUAGCUUUAACAGCCCCAGUUUGACAUGUUAAUGAACUAUGUAUACAGAUUUUCCUAAGACAUGCUAACAUUAGCCGCUCUCUGCUGCUUAAAACACUAGCUUUUGUAGUUGUUUUGUGGGAUUGUUGGAGAACAUCUAAUACGGUUCUGUAAUGGACUUCAGCCUGAGAAUUACUAAAAUGUUAUCUCUGAACGCUAUCUUGUGGAAUAUUUUUUUUUUUUUUU